AUGUUAAAACACCCUGCAUCAGAGGCAGACACAAAUCUUUAUGGGGCACUCAAACAAACUUUUGAGAACAUUGAUCUUUCAAGUCUUAUGUGGGAGGAUCCUGAAGCAAGUAUGGUCCUUAGUGAUAAUUCAGACAUUGUGAAGAAUUUGGAGUGUAGGCAAAAGAGUACUUUUUUAGGACCUUGGGAAAAUAUGAAAUGCAUUAUACCAGGUUCAAAAGAAACUGAGAGUGAGCUGAUAAAAAUAACUGAUUGCAUUCUUGGUACACUUUGUGAGAUAUGGAACAACCCUGCAUUUACAACCAGUGCAUCUCACAGUGAGCAGAGUGAGGAAACAUAUAUAACAGACGUUAUAAUUCCUUUGCUUCAAUCAAGUUUAGGGGGCCUUCCCAAUGGCUGUAUAUGCUUAAGUACAUCAGAAUACCAAAGUUUGGCAAGUACAUCUCAAUGA